AUGUCUGGGGUCUGUUGCAAGUAUGCAUGUGCACUCCUCCAUGUGUCUGCAGCUUCCAUCUCCAACAUAUCCACCAAGGAUCUGCUUCCCAGUGAUGUUCAAGACCAGCAACAUGGGGAUUCACCGUUUCUUCACUUAAGAGCCAGUCUGCCUUCUUAUUCACAGCCAUACACCUUUGUAACCACUGCAGAGGACUUCCCCUACAUGCCCAAACCCAGGCAUUACCGCUCCUUGCGCCUACUUUGUAUCCUCGGAUCUUCUUUUGACCCAUUCUGGAUGUCUAUCGAUCAGCCAUCCGAAGGCUCUGGGGUCUGCACAGGCAAAGGUAACUGUGAUGAUGUGGCAAGACGUGACUCCCUCCCUGUGAAAGUAAAUGUUGCCGCUUCCAGAGAGGACUUCAUCCUCAGUGCUUCUGCAGUGCUGAGUAAGGCUAGAGAAAACCAGAGGCAGGGGUUGGCGAGGGAAGCUACAGAUGUGGACCUCAGUUCUCUGCCUCCAGAUGUUGCCAGUUCAGUAAGAAGCUGGCUGGUGCGCUCAGCCACAUGCAAAUUGCGUUCCCAGUGGGUGGAUCUGGGACCGGCGUUCUGGCCACGCUGGCUACGGCAGACUGACUGUGACAAGUCAGAUGGAGUGCAAAGUUGCUCCUUUCCCAGUGGCAUGGUGUGCGUGAGAGCUCAGACAACACACAUUAGGAUUUUGGCUUGGCAUUGUUUGAAAGUGAGAGAUGAUGAGUCCGAGCAGCUCAAGAGUGAAAUAUCUGACAUUAGCAUGUUGCUGGGAAUUAGUGAAGAAAUUAGGAAAUGUCUAUGGAGGCCGCUGCCUUAUCCUGUGGUCACAGCUUGUACAUGUAAAUGAUUGCUUUACUCUGUAGUGCUUAAGUUGCUCUUAGAAAUUCAAUGUCUCGGCAUCAAUUGAUU